GAAGGGAGCUGCAGUUAAGGCCCUGCAGCAGCACCUCGGCUCUUGGGGGAGGUGUGAGCAAAGGUGAGUCGAGGAUUGGGGCACUGCUGUGGGGGCUGUGUCCGGGCUGCAGCAGCAGAGGCAGGUAAAAAGCUCUCUCUGUGGCGCAGGUUGGCCAGCACUUGGAUCCUGGUGAUUAGAAGCCAUCUGUAGCACUUGGUGCUUGGGACAGCUGCUCAAAGGACCCUGUUCUGCAGAAGGAUGGCUGCAAAGAAAAAGGAGGUAGUGCUGCAGAUUAACAUUACUAGCCAGGAGCUUUGGGAAGAAGUGCUGUGUCUCAAAGGACUCAUUGUUGUUGAUGUGUUUCAAGCCUGGUGUGGCCCAUGCAAACCAGUAGUGAAUCUGUUCAAAAAAAUCAAGAAUGAAGUUGGCAGUAAUCUCCUGCAUUUUGCUGUGGCUGAAGUUGAUUCCAUUGAUGCUCUGGAAAAAUACAGAGGACAAUGUGAGCCUGUCUUUCUCUUUUAUACAGGAGGAGAAUUAGUGGCUGUUGUAAGAGGAGCAGAUGCACCAUUGCUGCAGAAGACCAUCCUGAAACAGCUGGCAGGGGAAAGGAAGGGUUUCCAUGGAGGAGAGCCUGUGGUGGUAAUGGGUCACUGAAGCUUCAAACACCUCUAGAUGUGCACUGGCUUUGUGUGUGUGGUCUAAAGUCAUGACAUUUCUCAGGAAUAAAACUGUCUUAACUGUGUGUGACCUGCUGUUCUUAAGGCAUCUCUGAAGCCUGCAGUCUCUGCUGAUGUUGCUGGCCUGUUCCUGGGAAUGCUUUUCCCCCAGCUCUUGCUGUGCACUGACAGAGAGCUCAGCAGGUGACCCUGGACAGGCAGAUCCUCUGCUGUCCCUGCUGAGCUGGCCUGGCCCGGGACAGCAGGAGGGCUGCUCCUGCUCAGGGACGUGGGGCCCUGCCUGGCACAGGCUCACCUGGAGGGGAGGAGUGGGGUGUUCCUGUCCCAUCCAUGUGCUCUUGCUGCUAGGUGCCAGACAGAGCCUUCUCCAGAGAGCAGGGAAGCACAGCUCUCCUUCAGGAGGAACAACGGGGAGGACUAACAGGUAAGGCAAGGCACAGGUGUAGGAUGUUCUCUGUGCCUUGAGUUGGAACCUUUAAAAGCUGGAACCCCCAGCAGGGAUCCAGCUGCUGCUGGGACACCAGAGGGGCCAUUCUUCCACCGGGGCACACGCGGAGAGUCACCUUGAAAGAGCCCAGCAUAGUUUGAGUGUCUGGCAUUGUGAAACUGGGGGUAUUUAUCUUUUCAAUGUGUUUUAUCUUACAUUUGACACCCACCCCACCUCCCGGCCCUUUCCUUCUGGCUGGCAAGGGCUCUUGGAGACCCCACAUGGCUUUCUGUUUCCAGGUGGUUUUUGAAAGAAGACACAAAUGCUUGGGCUCCAAAUCGGCUUACACCAUUUCCUGCCUUGUCUAAAAUCGGCCACCAAUUCCCAAAGGCUUUUGCAUGUUCUCCUAAAAGGGACAUUUUUUUUCUUGGCUUUUCUGGGAUAAUGCUGCCCCUGUGCACACCAAAUCUUAGGCUCCAGAAUAUUGGGAAUCGAAGCAAUUCUCUCCUGGCUUUAGCUGAAGCACCGAAGGGGCGUGAGGGACGUUGGUCUCUUGCCUCUCCUUUCUGCGCCUGUUGUUAAUUUCGUUCAUUUUCUUCCCUCGGAGUCUGACUCACCCAUC